GGAGGAGAAUCGAUCAGCAGGCUACUGGAGUUUUCAACAUGGCCGCUUUGGGCUGUCACUAAGGGAGUUGUUUUCAACUCAGGAGCCGUUCCCCUGUCAAGAGAAAAUAACGGAGCCAUUCGGUACUUGGUGCUUGUUGAGAAAGCAAGACCAGCAGCGUAAUGGCUCAGUGCGUUCAGUCAGUUCAGGAGUUCAUCCAGGACUCCUUCGUCCCGAUGGUUGCCGUCUUAUGCAGCGAAGAUGCAGAGAAAGUCACCCGCAAAAACAAUCUGAAUUUUCCGGAGCUACUGCGGCCUUUCUGCCGGCUCACUUCUGAAGGGCACCUGCGAGACCCCAACAACCAGCUGGUGACGGUGCGGAGCCUGCGCAUCUGUGUGACGGGCAUCAGCACACGCCCGCCCCAUACCGCCUCCGUCCGCGCCGCCCUCGCCAAUUCCGUGGCAACAAGCCAGCCGCCCGACACAGUCAGUGCCAAUGUCAUCACUGCAGGAGACUAUGACCUCAACAUCAGUGAUCGCUCGUUAAAAGCGAGUGUGCCCUGGUACUCCAGCUGGAGGGACACACUCACCCAACUCAGCUCCAGCAGUCACUUCACAGCUACGACACCCUGGUUUGAAGCAUACAGGGAGAUCUUCCUGCAGUCCAUGCCUGCGUCUGAACACGAGUUUCUCAAUCACUACCUGGCCUGCAUGCUUGUGGUGUCGUCAACUGAGGGGGUGCCGUUGGACCAGUUCCUGAAGCUGUCCCAGGAACAGCACAAGAUCCAGCACAGUGGAGAUUACACACACCCACGCUGGUUUAUCCCCAACACACUCAAAUACUACGUCCUCCUGCAUGACAUGAGUGAUGGGGACGAGCAAAGGGCGGAGAGUGUGUAUGAGGACAUGAAGCAGCGGUAUGGUUCUCAGGUGUGCUACCUGCUGAAGAUCAACUCCAGACAGGGAGGAGCAGUGGGCUCAGAGGAGCAGAUCCCUGACCCAUGGAGCCAGUACCUGCAGAAAACACACCCUCAGGAGGUGUUUGAUGAUAAUGCAUCUACCAACAGUGUAGAGAAUGACCUCAACAACUCCGAGGUGGAGGGAGGAGACGCCCCCGCCAAAGAUGGCUUGUCCAACAGUCUGGACGAGCACCCUCUCCAGUUGGACCAGUCGGCUGAGCCUGCUCUGCCCGCUCUGCCCAGGCAGGGGGUCGGGGCUCUGGACAGCAUGGAGUUGCAGGCCCCUAAGUCCGGUGGAGGAGGAGGAGUCGGAGGAGGAGCAGCAGCAACUUCCCCAGCACCAAGCGGCACUCAUGGGGCCUGGCUCACCCUCACGGACCAUGACCGCAUCCGCCAGUUCAUCCAGGAGUUCACCUUCAGGGGCCUGCUGCCCCACGUCGAGAAGAACAUCCGACAGCUCAAUGACCAGUUGGUGUCUCGGAAGGGGUUGAGUAGAUCAUUGUUCUCGGCCACUAAGAAGUGGUUUGGUGGAGGGAAGGUCCCUGAGAAGAGCAUCAGUGAGAUGAAGAACACUGCUGGACUGCUCUAUCCCCCAGAGGCGCCGGAGCUUCAGAUUAGAAAGAUGGCGGAUCUGUGCUUCCUGGUGCAGCACUAUGAGCUGGCGUACAGCUGCUACCACACCGCCAAGAAGGACUUCCUCUCCGACCAGGCCAUGAUGUAUGCUGCUGGUGCACUGGAGAUGGCGGCGGUCUCUGCCUUCCUUCAACCUGGAGCUCCUAGACCAUAUCCAGCUCAUUAUAUGGAUACAGCCAUCCAGACUUACAGAGAUGUGUGCAAGAACAUGAUGCUAGCUGAGCGUUGUGCUCUUCUGAGUGCCGAGAUUCUGAAGAGUCAGGCGAAGUACUCUGAUGCUGCUACACUGCUUAUCAAGAUGACUAGUGAGGACUCUGAUUUGCGAAGUGCUCUGCUGCUGGAGCAGGCUGCUCACUGUUUCAUUAAUAUGCGAAACCCAAUGGUGCGCAAGUUUGCCUUCCACAUGAUCCUGGCAGGACACCGCUACAGCAAAGCUGGACAGCGGAGGCAUGCGCUGCGCUGCUACUGCCAAGCUCUGCAGGUGUAUCGUGGGAAGGGCUGGUCGCUGGCAGAAGACCACAUCAACUUCACCAUCGGCCGGCAGUCCUAUACACUCCAGCAGUCUGACAAUGCGGCAGCCGCCUUCCGGCACAUUCUCAUCAAUGACAGCCAGCAGAGUCCCACCCAACAGGCCGCCUUCCUCAGGGAGUACCUCUAUGUCUACAAGAGCGUGAACGGGUCGCCAGGGGAGAGCGACUCGGAGUGUGUGUUGCCUCAGCUGCCUCUGCCCUGCCUCAACAGUGCACAGACACGGGUCUUCUUCGGCCACGAGCGCAGGCUCGCUGAAGGUGAGAAGCAGGCAGCGACGCACGUGACACUUGAUCAGGAGUGCGAUGUAGAUCUAUCGCGGCUCUGGAUCCGAUUGGAGGAGCAGGUGGUUGCCAUGGUGAAUCGGGGCGUGGUGCCGUCCUCGUUCCAGCCCAACCAGGCCUGCCUCAGCCAACACACGGACAACCUCCGAUUCCCGCUGGCUGUCGUCGAGGAACCUAUCAUCGUGGAGGUGUCUUUCCGGAACCCUCUGAAGGUGCCUCUAAGUCUGUCCGACCUUUCGCUGCUAUGGAAGUUUACACCCAAAGAUUUCAGCAGACCGCCAGAUGACACAGACACCUCUUCUCAGAGCAUCACCAACGAGAAAGAGGCCGCCAACGCACAGACCACACCGAAGAAUGACGUCAUCACUGCUGAGGUUAUUUCCGAGUUCAGCAUGAGUCCAGAAGAGACCAGAGUGGCACGGUUGAAGUUGUUGCCCCACCAGACAGGAGAGUUGCGGAUUCUGGGUGUUGUGUAUAACCUAGGCACUGGGGACUCGGGAAACAGCUCAGCAGAGGGACUUCCGCUGGGAGGACUGAGUGUGUGUGGCAGGCAGUAUCUAGAGAUUCAGGGCCCGCGACUCAACCAGACGAAAGAGGAGAAGACCAGCGUGAAUCACGGACAAGACCACCGCCUCGACCCAAUCAUUGCCCCACCCAUGCCCCUGCUAGAGGUGUUCUUCCUGCAGUUUCCUACGGCGCUGCUGUGCGGUGAGCUGCGGAAGGCCUGGGUGGAGUUUGUGAACGUGAGCGGCGUGCCCCUGGCCGGCCUGCGCGUGGCCUCCACCCACCCGCACUUCUUCACGCUGGGCGCCCGCGGCAAGGACCACGCCCGCACCCCGCUCUCGCCCACCGCCUCCGAACACAACUCCGCCUACAAGACGGUCUCGGCACCGCCUUCCACCGUCGCCACGGUCACGCUGGUGUCGCCGGCCGAGUUUGGCGGCAGUGGAGUCGGGGUCAGCGGAGGGCCAGAGGGGAUGCCCACUGGAGGUGGUAGUGGCUGCAACAGCAGCAGCAGCGGAGUGGUGGAGGUGGAGCUGCCCGGUCAGGCCCUCCAGCCGGGGGAGGCCCUCCAGGUGCCCAUGUGGCUGCGGGGGCCUGACACCGAGGGCGUGCACGAGAUCCACUUCCUUUUCUACUACGAGAGCACGCAGAAGAAUGGCAAACUCAGUCAUAGGGUCCUACGGCACACGGCUGUCAUCUGUGCGAUCCGGUCGCUGUGUGUGCGGGCCACCGCCUGCCGCAGCAACACUCUGCACGUGCCCCAAACACACGCGCCACCGGCACCGGCACCACACCCAGCCCAGCCACUUAGCCAGGACGAGAGGAGCAGCAGCAUGCUGGUUUUUGUUGACGUGGAGAACAUCAACACAAGUGAGGUUGGAGUGCGUGAGUUUCACAUAGUGCAGGUGUCCAGUAGCAGUCGUCACUGGAGACUCCACACCUGCAUUAACCCAGCUGGAGACAAAGACUCAAAGCUGGGGAGCAGAGAGAGGGGAAAGCUGUGUUUCAGAGCCAGCAGAUGCAAACCACAACAAGCUACCUCAGAUGUUGAAGACAAACUCACUUUUGCAGACCUGAACUUAGGAAAUGAGCAGAUCGUGAGCUCCUCCACUCCAUGUGCGGACUUCUUCUUCCGCCGAGGCCCCUGUCCUGAUCAGAAGAAAGCUGCCGUGGUGGUUGCUGCAGCUUGGGGACAGUAUGCGGCGGCGCCUGGUAGUGUUGCCGACGACAACCUGGCAGUGGUGAAGAAGUGCAGCGAGGUGGAGCUGGACCUCAUUGUCCUGUGGAAGGCAUACGUUGUGGAAGAUAAUAAACAGCUGAUCCUAGAGGGCCAGCUACAUGUGUCUCUGCAGACUAUUGGCAAAGAGGCGUGCUCUCUCACACACAGAGAGGAAAGCCAGGAAAUGGUUCUGCUGAAGUUCAAGCCAGACCCCCCACCCCCACUGGCCAGACCCUCACAGGAGCAGCUCUCUCACCUAAUCAAGACCUGCCUGCAGUACCCUCAAACCUACCAGCACCCCUUUCCACAGCAGAGUUUGUGUAUGGUUCCAGUCACGCUGAUGCUGUCGAACUGUUCGCUGGCUCAGGUUGAUGUCAUCAUUGACCUUCGACACAAGUCUACCAGCCCAGAGUCUCUGGAUGUGUGCGGCGUGUUCGUGUGGCUGGGUCAGACGCAGUACAAGCUGCAGCUGGCUGCACAGGAGGUGCGCUGCGUGCGUCUGCGCGCCUGCUUCACCCAGCCGGGCGUCUACAACCUGGGCACGCCCCGCGUCUUCGCCAAGCUCGCCCACAGCACCAACAUGUACGAGACCAGCCAACAGAGCGCCCUGCCCGCCCUCAUCAUCAUAAACAGCGUCUAAGUGAGAGGUUCUGCACCUCGGCCGGAGCGCUUUCCUUUACCCUGCCCUCAACCACGACUGGCAACAGCGACUGCCGCAGCGACUGCUGCGACAUCACUGUGAACCUUUUUACACAACGUCUUUGCGUUCUGUUGCUCUAUCUCUCUCCGAAACUGCGACACGACUGCAACUCGCAUUACUGCAAUCUCUUUACAUCUCAGCAGUGAAACUCUGGUAACUGCAACAACAUGACUGUCGUCUCAGCUACCUUACUACAACUUUAGCACAACCUCACCACAAAAACUCCGCGCUGCAGUCUCUCCAUCGAAAGAGUUGCUGCAGGAUCACUAACAUUUCUGCAGUUCCUCUUCCCCCGACUUCCCACAUGACAUCAGCCUCCCCCAAGUCUGUGUAUCCAAAUUCUCACAGUUAACGCCACGUCACCGUUACUGCAACCGCUCUUCAGUUUCACUGCCAUCAUUACCCCCCCCGCACACUCUUGGUAUCCUAGAUGCACUGCACCCACAAACAAGACAUUUCUUUUCCAUGAAUGAAUAAAUGGGAUGUGGAAUUCAAAUUCAAAAUGAAGGUGAGUGUGUGUGUGUGUGUGUGUGUGUGUGUGUGUGUGUGUGUGUGUGUGUGUGGUGUGUGUGUCUGUGUGUGUCUAUUGUGUGUCCUGUGUGAAUGAGUGAACAGACAGGCAAAAUAAGCAGACAUCGAAAUGGUGGUUGCCUAUUCCCUGACAGGGCGUAUUAAUAGUCACUAAAACAAUACUUGGACCUCUCCUGUUCUAGGAAGAGUAUGGAGCACAGAUGUGUUCCGGUGGUGCAUAGAUGUUUUGCAGAUAAACUGGACAUGGAUGUUUCUCAUCUCGUAGAUGCUUUCAGAAGGACUUCACAGCACAGACAAACCCUUCUCUGAUUUACUUUUUUUUUUUUUUUUUUUUUAAAGCAUGUGUGUAUGUCAUUUCACCUUUGUGUGACCAUGCUGACAGCUCUAUGUUUGUGUGUGAGUGUGUGCAUGAAUGUAUGUGUGUCCACUUGUCGAUGGGGUGUACUUUCAAUGAUUGGCAGGUUUUAUAGAACAGUUUUUCUUCUCCCACUCAUCAGAUUGUUGUGUGAUUUUGUGUGAGUGGCUAACAGUGCCCACGGAAGCUCAAAUUGUCCUCCAGCUGCUGAUAAGAAGACCAUCCGUCCUCUUACAGGAAAAAGACUCCAUGACAACACCCAGUGGUAAUAGACACAGUUGUCAAGGACACCGUAUGGCCACAGGACAACUGCUGCCCAAUUACCCCUAAGAUGGCUGCUGUGUGUGUGUGUGUGCGUGUGUGCGUGUGUGUGUUUGAGCUGUGUUAUUUCCACAUGAAUUGUUUUAAUUUUCUACAAAUUAAUCAUUGAUUUAUCUAUCUCUUCGCACUCCCACAUACUAUUGGGCUGUAUAAGUGUGAAGACAUGACGGCUCUUCAGAAAAUGAUGUAUUAUAUUUAUAACAAAUUGACUGUAAAUAGAAUAAAACAUAACCAAUAACCAACGAUGAUAA